AUGUCGGCGUCCGGCGACCGGAAAGUCGCCGUCGACGGCCGUUGUACUUGCUUUUCCGUCGACAACAGUGAUGAUGAUAACAAAUUGCAUGAUCGGAGUUGUCCGCAUUGUAGAAGAUCGAAUCUUCCUUCGUCGUCGUCUUCUGGUUCUUUGCUCAGCUUCGAAUCGAUUCCAGUACAAGAGUACGAUAAGCUUGGGAGAAUCUUCGCUGCCUCAGUCAAGGGUUUCACCAUUGGAGCUGGUCUCAAAGGCGGCCUAGCUCUCUUCUCUGUCCUUGCUCGCUUGCGUCGCAGACGUUUAUCUCCCUCUGCAAAGACAGCAAAAUGGAGGGCUUUGUUAGCCGGGGCGAUAGCAGGGCCUUCAAUGCUAUUGACUGGAUUGAACACCCAACAUAACAGCUUGGCCAUUUAUAUUCUCAUGCGUGCUGCUGUCUUGGCAUCGCGAUGUGGAAUAAAAAGCAAGAGAUUUGGACGCAUUUGUAAACCUCUUACUUGGGCACAUGGAGACAUUUUCCUUAUGUGUCUCUCUUCUUCUCAAAUUCUGUGUGCUUACAUUUUGAAGCAAGAUAGUUUGCCCCCCUCAUACAAGUCCUUUCUCAAUAAACAUGGCGCAAAGGAUUCUGUUAUCCUGCAAGGAGUGAAGGAGAUUGCAUGCGGCAUGCCGUUUACUAAUUUGGAGGCUAUAGAGAAGUAUUACCAGUCCACCGGUGUUGACAUUAAACUGGAUCCAGAAAUGAAAGUCCCCUGCUCGAUGGUACAUGGAAAUCAACAAUGUGCUUUGCAUUUUGUUUCAUUUCUUAUUCAAGCCUACAAGAGAGCAUUACCAGUUUAUCUUCCUGUUUACUUAAUUCCUGCACUAAUUGUACAUCGUCAAGGACUCUUGAAGAGACCUUACACAAUUUUGGGGAAAGGUGUUCUGGGCACUGCAAGAUCAAGCUUAUUUUUAUCCAUGUAUUGUUCAUCUGCCUGGAUGUGGACAUGUUUCCUCUUCAGGAUCUUUAAAAGGUGCAACAUUCCUAUGUUGGCAAUGGGAACGUUUCCAACUGGUUUGGCCUUGGCAAUUGAGAAGAAGAGCAGGCGGAUAGAGAUUUCACUCUACUGCUUUGCACGGGCCAUUGAGAGCUUUGUCACAUGCAUGGCUGACAUUGGAUAUUUGCCUCCAUCGAAGAACUACAGGAGAGCUGAUGUGGUGAUUUUCAGCAUUUCCACUGCAAUCAUCAUGCACUGCUAUGCAAUAGAAAGGGAUGUCUUUCGAUCCAAGUACCUGAAUGUUCUUGAUUGGGUAUUUGGUGUGCCUCUUCCCCCUUACGAAACAACUCCCCGGAGGAGUAGUCAAACAAAAUGA